AUGAAGGACUUCUUCUGCGAUGCCUAUGAAAAGAGGAAUCGACAAGGGCCUUAUAAGAAGCUCAUUCGGCCACCAGAGCCGCUUCAUCCAACAAUAGCUUCAUGGCCUUUUGAAGCUUUGGGACUCGACCUGGCUGAAGCCAUGCCAUUAAGAGAAGCAAAGAAGGAAAACAUUGUAAAUUUUGUUCAGACACACAUCAUUUACAAAUAUGGUAUUCCUCAUCAUAUCGUAACUGAUAAUGGAAGACAAUUCGCUAACACUUUGAUGGACAAGUUAUGUGAAAAAUUUAACUUCAAACAGUACAAGUCUUCUAUGUACAAUGCCGCAACAAAUGGAUUGGCAGAAGCAUUCAACAAAACUUUGUGUAGUCUACUAAAAAAGAUGGUUUCCAAGACAAAAAGAGAUUGGCAAGAAAAGAUUGGGGAAGCAUUGUGGGUCUACAGAACUACCCAUCGUACUCCUACAGGUGUUACACCUUAUUCUAUGGUCUAUGGCGUCGAAGCAAUACUCCCACUAGAAAGAGAAAUUCCUUCCUUAAGAAUGACAAUUCAAGAAGGACUAACUACUGAACAUAAUGCUAAAUUACGCCUUCAAGAGUUAGGAGCACUUGACGAAAAGAGACUGGAAGCUCAACAAGCACUCGAAUGUUAUCAAGCAUGA